GGCUUGCUGGGCACUGCAUUCGACCGUUUCUUAUAAGCACCCCCUCGCAUUCUCAACCAGCAGGAGAAUUUUCAGAAAUGUGUUGAAUUUCAGAAUCAUAACCGAAGGGAAAGAUAAGAGAGAGCGUGACGAAGGAGAAAGGAACAUGUUCUACUCGCAGUGCCUUCUUUCAAGCAAAGGGCCUUUAGGCGCCAUAUGGGUUGCUGCUUACUUCUUCAAAAAGCUCAAGAAGGCUCAGGUUACUGAGACUGACAUCUCUUCCUCCGUUGAUAAAAUUUUGCAAGAUGAGCUGAAUGUUGUUACAUAUAGAGUGCUGGCCUACCUCCUUCUAGGUGUUGUGAGAGUAUACUCAAAAAAAGUUGAAUAUUUGUUUGAUGACUGCCACAAGGUGCUAGUAAAGAUCAAUGACUUUGUGGUUAGUACAAAAGAUAAAGCACAAGUGGAAACCUUGCGCGCACCUUAUUACUCUAUUACUCUACCGGAAAGGUUUGAACUUGAUGCUUUUGAUCUAGAGAUCCUUGAUGAUGUUAGUGGAGGUAAUGUGGUGCCACAUGAAGAGAUCACACUGAAAGAUGGUGCAUGGAAAAAUGAGGGAAUAGGGCAGUACUCUUUGGACAAGUAUCAUUAUGAGGAGAUUGCUGUCUUUGACAGUACCUACGGCACUGAUUUCACUUUGGCUGACAAUCUUCUAUCGUCCGACCCAAUGGACAUUGAUGUGGAAGUAAGUGCAUUUCAUAAUGUAACCAACUUAGAAGCACGAACAGAGAACCUUCAACACAAAAGGUUCUCCAAAGCAGAAUGUGUUGAUCUUGAAAUGUUCUGUGAAGUUGAGGAAGAACCUGCAGAUCCUUUUAAAUCAAUAGGUGAAGAUCAUCAGACUAAGAGAGAGCAGAUAAACGUUCCAUUAACGGCACCAUUUGAAGACAAAAUACCUGGAGAAGCAAGCACAGGGAAGCAUCAAGACAGUAGGCUAUCUGAAGAAGGAUGUGUGAACCCUGCGACAUUUUGUGGCACUGGCGGAGAACCUGUAGAUAAUGCUAAUAUAUCUGGUGAAGGUCAUCAAAUUGAUGGAGAGCGAAUAAAGACUCUAGAAUUGGGACAAUCAGAAAACAAAAUGCACCAGGUCAUUACGAAAACUUAUGAUCUGUGCGACUUAGAAACAAGCAUGGAGAAGCUUCGAGUUGAUAAAUUUUCUCAAGGAGAAUGUAUGGACCUUGAUACGUUUUGUGGGGCCAAGGAGGAACCUCCAAAACUUGUUAGACAAUAUAAUGCAGGGCAUGAUAAUGGUUCAGAGUCAAUAAAGUUUCCAAAUCUGACAUCAUCAGAAAAUAGGAAGUGUCAGAGUAAUAUUAAAGAGCGUCCACCGUCCAUUAUGCUUGAUGGGACUCCUCCAUCCAAGUUCCCAGAUGCAUCAGUUGUUACUACACCAGAGUUUAUUCCUACACCAGCUGCUAGGGAGCGAGCUCGGAUUUCAAGGAAAAGAAAAUGUUUAAUUGAUGAGACCACAGUGUUGCCCAAUGUGGUACUUAGGCAGAGCAUAUAUGAUGCAAGUGAUUUAGUUUCUAAACGAAAAAAACCUCCUCAUAAUGCUCUAGCUGUGUGGAAAGCUUCUCGAAUUUCCAUUCUCCACCAGGGCUUCUUAGAGCCUUUGAUCCCUUGUAUUUCAUCAGAGCUUAGAUCUCUCUUUUACACAAAGAAAUUGAAGAUUCUAGAAUCUGCUGAAACUAUGGACAAGCCUAAGAAGUUAGAUUUGCCAGAAUCUCCAACUGUGGGUGGAUCAGAGCAAAUUGCAGAAUCUUCUACUGUGGACAGAUCAGAGCAAAUUGCUAUUGCUCCAGAAACACCUGUUAAGCAUCCAACAUCAAUAAGAUCAUUUGAAAGUCCAAACGAUGCCAAAAAUCCUAACUCAGAGGGAGUAAGUCCUUCAAGUUCAUUUGGAAUUGUUGAGGAACAAGAGCCAUCUCCACGCAAGGAUCAAGAACUUGAUCUGUGUCUAAUGAAUGAGUCUGUUUUGUCUCAGGAGAUAUAUUCAUGUGGAGCAGAUAACACGGAACUCUAUGGAUGGUCAGGCAGAACCAGAAUAGCAGCAAGGUACUUGCACAAAAAUUUCCUAAAUCGGAAAAAGGGAAGAGAGGAGGAAGUAAUGAGCUUAUUGAGGGUUUUGGAAGGAAGAACCAAGAAAGAAAGUGCAAAGCUAUUCUAUGAGAUACUGGUGUUGGGGACUACAGGGUAUGUGGAUGUAAAGCAGGAUAAUGCUUAUGGUGAUAUUCAAGUCCAGAAACUCCUGAAAUGGGACCAAAUUUGUGAAGCUGAUUUUCUAUGAAACACUGCAGUAUCUGUAUAUAUUCAUUGCAGAGAAAUAGAAUUAUGGAGUAUAUGAUACUCGACCGUGUUAGAUGAGUAAGGUGUUGUCUCCUUUGUACAGUAGGCACUAACUAGUUAGAAUUAAGGUUGAGUUGAAUCAAGUCUCUUUUGUACAUGAGUACAUCGGUUGCCAUAAACUGGCCUAGGUUUUUAUUCGACCACUGUAGGAAAAAUCCUGUAACGAUCGGAUUGAGAUCCAUUGUACGGGAUGCAAUACCUUUUUUGUGGGUUGUUUACUUUAAAUGAAUGGCCCAAAUUAUGACAACGAAA